AUGUUAGUUUCUUUCAGUUCAUUCGUAAAAGAAGGAGAUCAGGUAAAUAAAACUGAGCACUUUGAAGAAAAUACUUAUACAGAUGAACAAGUUCAACAACAUUUCGAUGAAUUUUAUGAAGAAGUUUAUACUGAAGUUGAAGAUAAGUAUGGAGAAAUUGAAGCAAUGACUGUAUGCGACAAUCUUGGAGAACAUCUUAUUGGAAAUAUUUAUAUUAAAUUUCGUUAUGAAAAAGAUGCAGAACGAGCUGUUGCUGAUCUUAAUACACGAUGGUUUGAUCGAAAACCAAUUUAUGCCGAACUAAGUCCAGUGACGGAUUUUAAAGAAGCAAGUUGUCGACAGUAUGAAUUAGGCGAAUGUAUGAGAAGUGGUUUUUGUAAUUUUAUGCAUAUUAAAACUUUAUCACCUGAAGUCAAAAAACGUAUUCGCGAACGUCGAAAACGAUCACGUUCACGUAGCCGUUCACCAUCGCGUCGUAAUCGUCAUCAUUAA